AUGACUCCGAUCGAACGAGCAACUCUUCGCCCCAUCGUCUACUACGAGUUCCUCCAAGGACACUGCGAGAGCCACCGCGAACAGCAUCUGCGCUACAAGGGCAACGUCUUGUACGCUUGGUAUCUGACGCUAACGCUUGACGGAUGUGGAGAAUGGUCCCACAGGCAACCCAGGAUCAUCAACGGCUCCGGUGUGCAACACAUCAUGUCGGCACCUUGGAUGGCAUCCAUUCACGUGCAGAUCCAUGGAUAUAAUUUCGCUUGUGCCGGGACGAUCAUCCACCCGAGAUUCGUCUUGACCGCUGCUCAUUGCCUUUUUACUGAGCAGCUUCCCAAUGGUGUGGCACCAAACGUCACCGUUUAUAUGAAUGAUCUGCGGCGCCACAGGGGAGACAUGCGACCGCUCUUCGUUCUCCACACCUGGGGACAUGCUGAUUACGACAUCGCAUUGAUAGAGCUCGCCGGAUCCGUGCCCCUAGGCAUGGAUGACACGGCUCCCAAGCCCUGGAUCUGCAUUCCUAGUGACGACGACAUGGACGUGGCGAAACGCUGCAGGGCGAAGGUCUUCGGAUGGGGGUUCACCGACUACAGCGAGAUGGUGGAACCCGAAUACCUGCAACAACUCGACGUCCGCAUCUUAGAAGAGGGCGACCCUGGCUGUCGCGUGCCGGAGAAUCACAGAGGUGUCAUGUGCGCCUACGGGACCAGACGUCGAAGCGGGAUUUGCUUCGGUGACAGUGGAGGUCCCCUCGUUGUCUAUUACGGACGGAAGGCGUACCUCAUGGGGGUGACCUCACACGUGCCUGGCAUGUGCUCCGACGCCCCCGCCAUCUUCGUUCGAGUCAGACACUUCCAGGAAUACAUCCGAAAUUUCCUUCUCGAUCUUUGA